AUGCCUAUGACUCGGUUAUUAGGCAGCAUGCCUCUGUUCUUUCGCCUGUCUCAGUCGCCGAGACUACGACAAGGCCAUGUAGUGCGCCAAUCCAUCCGCAACAGCUCCAACGCGUCCUACCAACCUCCGACACCACCUACGCCGAGCAAUCCCCACCGUGCAUUCUACCAGUCAUUCGGGCGUCCAGUCGCGAAAGUCUUCCUCGGCGCCCUCCUGACGUACCAAGCGAUAUACUGGUCGUGGCUUAAGCUUGAAAGCCUGGAGAUCAAGGAGGACAAGAACGCGGAGAUCCGCAUGCUUGAGGGCGAAAUCAAGACGUUGAGGGUCGGGAAAUAG